UGUGGAUUGCCAUGCUUAAUACUAAUGUGAGUGCACCCCCUUUUGGACGUGUGUUAUUUCCGCGUAAUGCAAUAUAAGACAGAACAAAGCCGAGACAGGAUGAUAAUUCGGAUAAUUGCUCUACUGUUCGUCGCACGAACAUGUAUGGCAGUGACGGUGAAUAUACAUGGGGUGGUGACAAACUGUAGCCUGAACUGUGUGUGCUGUAAAGGAGGAAGGAACAAGUGUUAUUCUGAUUACCGUUGUUCGGAAGGGUGUGUUGAUACCAUAUAUGGUCACAGAUGCCACAACGCUUGUAAGGGAAACUGUUAUACAUGCGAACAAAAUCACGGAACACAAUGUUACACCUGCAAGGCUGAAUUUUAUGAUAUAGCCAAUUUGUGUAACGAGAGAUGCUCAGUUGGGUGUGAUGAUGGGACAUGUGAUGAUAACGGAAAUUGUAGUCCAUGUACAGCAACUUUUGCUGGAAAUAAAUGUGACACUUGCAAGCGGGGGUUUACUGGAUCCUCUUGUACCGAAUGCACUACUGGUUAUUAUGGAAUCGACUGUAAACAAUGUCCUAGCGGAUGUAGAAAUGAAAAUUGUAUGACUGAUGGAACAUGCUACCAAUGCAUUGAUAAACUUUAUGGGACUAACUGUAACAAGACUUGUUCUGAGGGUUGCAGAGGUGGGGCUUGCAAUCAAGAUGGUUCGUGUAUCUGCAAAGAACAUUUUACUGGUACAAAAUGUGAAACUUGUAAAGAAGGGAAAUACGGAAACGAUUGUCAGCAUACAUGUAGUGUUGGUUGUGUAACAUCGACAUGUGACCGUAACACCGGGUCCUGUGCUUGUCGACCUAAUUUUACCGGCGCUACAUGCGAUCAAUGCAAUGAAGACACUUACGGACAAUCAUGUGAUUUACAUUGCUCGGAUAAAUGCAGAUAUCGGAAAUGCGAGAAAGGUGAUGGAGCAUGCACAUUUGGUUGCGUGGCUGGUUAUUCGGGUAGAAAUUGUACGAUCUUGUGUGACUCUAGUUGCGCGACAUGUGAUCUGUCUAAUAAAUCAAUUUGUAUUUCUUGUUUUCAAGGAUAUACUGGAGCUUCAUGCAGUUGUCCCCCUAAUUGUCAAUGUAGUGAAAAGAGUGAUAAAUGCAGUCUUUGUAAUGAUAUGUGGAAAAGUCCUGAUUAUCAAUGCAAAUGCCAUGCGAAGUAUUGCCAUGUUAUUGGUUGCAACGAAUGUCUUAACAAUACAUUCUUUGUUGACAGCCUAUUUUCUGCAUGUUGUGAGUGUCCUGCAAAUUGUAAAGGUGGUUCUUGCACGACAGGACCCCAAUGUACAGAUGGAUGUAAAGAUGGGUUUUAUGGCAUGAGCUGCUCCCUAAGAUGUACAUUGUUGGAUGUUAAAUGUGCUAAAUGUAGUCAGACGUUUGGAAAGUGUUUGAUAUGUAACGACGGCUUUUAUCCACAUGCAAAUGGAAGUUGUAUUAGUUGCAAUAGCAACUGUAGGAAUAUGCAGUGUCACCAACAGUCCGGAAUCUGUGAGGCAUGUUCAGAUAACACCUACUAUGGUUGGUAUUGUAACCAAUCAUGCAGCUCCUCAUGCUUUGAAAGCAAGUGUGAUCAAAACACAGGUCAUUGUUCUUUUGGAUGCAAAGGCGGUUUCUUCGGGGAACAAUGUCAAACAAAAUGCCCUAAAGCUUGUAGGACAAGUGGUACAGAAACGAGAUGUAAUGGCGAUGGACACUGUCAAUUUGGCUGCGUCGAUGGCUACGAAGGAGAGGAGUGCACAAAUGAAACAGCCGGAUCAUUAGUAGGAGCUAUUGCGGGCGGUGUGAGUGGUGGCGUUGUAGUCAUUGUUGCCGUCGCUGUUGCAUUUUUCUUCUUUCGACGAAGAACAACUCGUCUACCUGCGUCGAGCCAAAUCAAGGAAAAUGUUAAUACAACAUUCCAGGCUAACAUUACGGACGAAAAGAAAAAAGAAACACAAGAUCGGACAUACUAUAACGAAGGACAAAUUAAGAGAGAAUCCGCAAACCCAAACCCAAAGAGUCCCCGGCCACCAGCAAACAAACCCACUUCUGUAAAGCAGCAAGUAUCUACACAUGAGGAAACUGCAUUUGAAAACGAGAUUGACCUUGAGAAAGAUGACGAGAGGAAUAGGGCUCUUGAGAAUUCUUCAAGAGGUGAUCAGACGUACUACAAUGAACUUGGAUCAUCGACUAAUAAGUCAAAAGUACACAUUAAUCAACUCGUCAAGUAUGUGGACGGAAAGACACAUGAUGCGUUUAGUGCUGAGUUUGAGAAAUUUUCUCGCGGUCUUGUGAAGCCGUAUGUGGAAUCGCAGAAGAAAGAGAACAUGAGUAAGAAUCGGUACAACGGCAUUUAUCCAUACGAUGAUUCAAGGGUCAGAGUCACGGGCAGUGGUGGAUCAGACUACAUAAAUGCCAGCUUUAUCGACGGUUUUAAGAAGCAGAAACAGUAUAUCGCUACAUUAGGUCCAAUGUCACAACAAUUAGAAGAUUUCAGUUUGUUUUGGAAAAUGAUUUGGCAACAAAGAGUUGAAAAGAUUGUUAUGGUUACCAAUCUCAUUGAACAUGGAACCCCUAAAUGCGAGCAAUACUGGCCAAACCCGGGGGCCGGUAAGAGGUAUGGUAACAUAAAGGUGGAGAGCCGCUCUGAGGAUGAAUAUGCCGAGUUUACCCGGCGAGCCUUAUCAGUGACCAUGGGGACCGAAGAAAGGACGUUGCACCAUCUGCACUUCACUUGUUGGCCUGACAAAGCCAUACCCGACGAUGUAACCGCAAUGAUAGAGUUCCGACAGAGGGUUAUGAGUACGCCGAAUACUCUAAAUGGACCAACCGUUGUGCAUUGCAGCGCUGGUGUAGGAAGAACAGGCACAUACAUUGCUCUGGACAUUCUCACAAAAGAAGGAGAGGCGGAACGAGCCAUUGAUAUCGCGGGAUGUGUCCACAAAAUGCGCCUGAACAGGCCGAAUAUGGUUCAGACAUUGGAGCAGUACCAGUUUCUGCACACAGCUUUGGUUUACUCGUUGACCUUCGACUGUAAACAAAUCAAGGGAGAGAACUUCAACCAGUUCAUGAGCAACCAUUCUACACAAGAACUGAAUAGUCAGUUUAAGCGACUGCAACACGCAGUCGUAAAACGAACUAAAGACGAAACAAUGGCAGUUGAGCGCAAUAAACAGCACCUGAGUAAAAACAGAGCAAAUGCAGAUAUUCCGGGUAACGAAAACAGGCCAAGACUUUACCUGAACCUCAAACAUGGGGCGUCAGACUACAUCAAUGCUGUAUACAUUCACAGCUUCAGAACCAAGAAACGUUACCUGGUAGCACAGACUCCACUUCCAGAGACUGUAAUCGACUUUUUGACGCUUGUUGUCCAAGAGAGCUGUUCAUGUAUCGUCAGCUUCGAAGCUGAUAUGGACAAACAAAGAAAUAUCGGCAUAUAUUACCCAGCGGCAACCCAAGAAGUUCUGAAAGCUGGAACAUUUCAAGUCAGAUGCUUAAGAGAGGAAUGGAAAUCGUUCUACGCAGAGCAAACGUUGAAAAUACGAAACAAAGGGACGAGUACUGAUCGAACCAUUCCACAUCUUCAAUUUACCGACUGGGAUAAAAUGAACAAUAUUCCAAGGUCAACUAUAAACUUUCUGUCAUUUCUGAACGUGAUAGAGAAUGUCACAAAACAGUCAGGUGACGGGCCGAUCUUGGUCCAUUGCUUAGAUGGUGCGGGCAAAAGCGGUCUAUUCUGUGUGGUCUCGUUGCUUCUUCAUAAGAUGGCCGUGGAACAAGAAGUCAGUGUGCUUAACUCUGUUAGGAAGGUCAAAACUAUGAGGAGGUUAGCGAUCCCAAACCAGAACCAAUUUGUCUUCUGUCACGGAUGUGUUUCUGAGUAUCUAAGUUCCUUUGAUGUAUACGCCAACUUGAACGAAGAAACGGGGAGACUGUGAAGUUCAUCGAAUAUCAAAGUUAGAAAAGGAGAUUUUAGAGUAUAUAGAUGACAUUGUGCAAACUUAUGUUUCAUGUUUUUCUUUGCAAUAUGUUUUAUAAAUUAUUAUAGAUAUCACAAACCGUAAAACAUAUGUCUUAUAUCGACUUACUUACAAAACAUAUUCAUGAUUUUUUAUAGUCAGCUUUGUACAUACUUGCCCUUAAGUACGGUUCUAUUUCAUGGUACAUACUCUAAUGAUCUAUUAACUAUUUGAACAACCUGUAUUUAGCUGCACGUAAUAUACUAUUUAUAGCCAGUCAACAACAUUGGAAAACACCUAUUGAACAUUGUGUUAUAACAAUAUUUAAUUGGUCUAUUAAGUCCAUUGUGUUGUGUUUUGGUUUUCUUGUCUUAAGGUUUCCGAUGCUCAAUUCUGUAAACUAAGGAUGUCUUGUAAUCUUGUAUUUUAAGGUAUAUUUUGAAAAGGGUCUGUUUGCAUUAUAAAAAGAAUACACGUAUGUAAAAAGUAAGACAUUUUAUUAUUCACACCUUUUUGUGAAAUGUUAACUCAUUUGCCAAACAUUAAUGUAAACUUAUUUAUUGCUGGUUCUAUCGAACUUAAAAAACUGUUUUGUACUCACAUUAUCUUAUUCUUAAAUAUAUUAUACUCAUAACUACAGUUUUACUGCUGUCAUGGAACAUUUUGCACGUGCACUUUUGUAUUUAUCUCUCUUUGUUUUGCUUUUUUCUGUAAAGUGAACAUGAUGCUUUAACACUGAACUUGUUUAUUAUAUUAUCGGAGUCGUAUUUCGUGACGCCAAUGUCGUUGAGCAUGCUCAGCUUCUUCUGGUACUGCCAUAUGUGUAUUUGAAUUUGCUAGUUCAUUUUUAAUUCCAUCGUCAAAUUGCGUGUGUUAUUAACCAUUGAAAAGUAUUGAUAGGUGUACAUUAUUUUUGAACCAUUACUAAUCUUUCAACAUUUAGAUUAUAUUGUAAAGUAUAUUCGCAUCCCUGGCAUAAUUGUUCUAUAUGACAAAAGUGUAUAUCACUUCAAACUAUAAAGCAACCUUAACUUUUUUAUACAUAAUUGGCUAGAUAAUUAACAAAGUAACACUUAUACAUCAUGUUAUACUAUGAACUUUAAAAUAUAAUAUUCAUCUUAUAUCAUUCAUUGUAAGAUUUGGAUAACCCGUAAAUUUAAUAUUAAGGCAAAUCGGUGUACUCUCCCUUAGUUUUAUACAUAACUUAGUGUGUUUAAUAACAUGGUUGCUCUAAGCUAAGCCUAAAUUAAUUUUCUUUACAUGUAUAAUUUAAAUGUAGAUUAUUUGAUGUCAUUAUUAUAUAUUUGGUUUAUAUUCCUACAAUUAAACAAACUUAUACUGAUGUUAUCCUUUUUCUAAUGUUUCAUUUUGAUAACGACCUUUACACAACAUCUUGAAUACCAAGCGCUUCAGUUCAUUUAUGUGGUGUUUUGUUUUUAUUUUUCAAACAUAUUUUUCUUGUUGGUUGUUCUUGGAUUUCCAUAUAAUUAAGAUUAUCUACUGUACUGAUCGAUACUUCUAUUUGACAUUUCAAUCCAAACAUACUUAAAUAUAUGCUGCAUCAGUUGAUCAGAACAUAAAAAGGUUUCCAAAGGUUUGAGAAGACGCCACAAACAAAUGAUGAUUUAAGCAUGAAUUGUUUUAUAUCAGGAUAGUUUCAAAACAGAUUUUUGACCUUUUUAAAGAUACAUUUUAGUAACAAAAAUAUAUUUUGCUGCUCAUCCAUCUACUGUUCAAACUUAUCUGAUACCUUAAGUUUUGGUAGAAAAACAAUCAAGAUAGCAUAUACAUUUGAAAAUAGCAUGAUGGAUUUAGUUGAGAUUAAACUAAAUAUAUUAUUCAUUGGUGUCAUUGAAGAAAAAACUUAAUCAUGUUGGUUUGAUUUGCAGUGACAAUCAAAUCUUAAUAUGCUUUUACGAGACCAUGUACACAACAUUUAUGAUUUGGAUACAUCGUUUAAAGUAUACAAAUGUUUUAUUACUAACAAUGACUUAUUUAUAAAAUCAUCUACUGAUAGGUAAAUCGAAUUUUACAUGAUUUUCUUUCAGAAAAUAUGAAUAUAUCUUUAUAUAUGUUAUCACCGUUAAUCAGA